AUGGCUUGUGAAACUACCAAGAAAAUUAUUGAAGAUCUAGGAGAUGACUUUUUUUGCAUAUUAGUUGAUGAGACUCGUGAUGCUUCAACCAAAGAACAAAUGGCCAUUGUUCUACGUUAUGUGAAUAAGGAUGGCUUUGUUUUGGAGAAGUUUCUUGGUACUUCUCAUGUGGCAAAUACCAAAUCCUUGACACUUAAGGGGGCAAUUGAAGCUAUGCUUUCAAAACAUGGAUUGAGUAUGUCAAGAAUAAGGGGACAAGGCUAUGAUGGAGCUAGUAACAUGAAAGGGCAAAUCAAUGGGCUGAAGAGUUUGAUCUUGGCUGAAAAUUCUUCUGCUUAUUACAUUCAUUGUUUUGCACAUCAGCUUCAGUUAGCUCUUGUUGCUGCAGCUAGGAAUCAUCUUGAAGUUGGAGACUUUUUCAAGACUGUCAAUGCUGUGAUUAAUUUGAUUGGAGCAUCUUGCAAAAGAUCUGAGUUUAUUCGGGAUAUCCAAGCUACUAAUGAACGAGAGACUGGAAGAGGAUUGAAUCAAGAAAUGGCUCUCAAAAGACCAGGUGAUACUCGUUGGGGUUCUUAUUAUGGGGCGCUUAUCAAUUUGGACAGCUUGUUCUCUGCUAUUAUUGAUGUGUUGGAGACAAUCCAGAAUGACCGAACUUCUGAACCAGAAACAGCUUCUGAUGCAUGGCGCAUUUCUAUUACACUUCAAGAUUUUAGCUUUGUCUUCAUUUUGAAGUUGAUGAUUGAAGUGUUAGCUAUUACAAAUGAGUUAUCACUAGCAUUGCAAAGGAAAGAUCAAGACAUUGUAAAUGCCAUGAAACUUGUUCGUGUAGCAAAGGCAAGGUUACAAGAGAUGAGAGACAAUGGAUGGGAGCCUUUGCUUGAUGAUGUAAUUUCGAGCUGCACUAGAGACACUAUUCCCAUUCCUAUUAUGCAUGCUUUGUAUAUUCUUCCAGGACGGUCAAGGCGCAGAGCUCCAGAGAUCACAAAUCUACAUCACUUUCAAGUUGAGUUGUUCUACAAGGUUGUGGAUAUGCAGUUGCAAGAGUUGAAUAACCGCUUUGAUGAGGUGAACACUAGACUGUUGAUUUGUAUGGCUUGUUUUAGUCCGGAGAAUGCAUUUGCUGCUUUUGACCAGGAGAAGCUGUUAUGUCUUACUAGAUUUUAUCCUGCUGAGUUUGGUUCGAUUCAUGAUACUAUCAUUCGACAACAGCUUAUUGGGUAUUAUCAUGAUGUUAUGGCUGACGAGAGAUUUGUCGGACUGAAAGGAAUUGAUGAAUUAUCUCAAGUUAUGGUGAAGACAAAAGUGCAUCAGUCAUAUCCGUCAGUUUAUUUACUUCUGAAGCUAGUUUUGAUAUUACCUAUUGCAACUGCAAGUGUAGAACGCGCAUUUUCAGCUUUGAGCUAUAUUAAGAACAAGCUCCGAAGUCGAAUUGGUGACCAGUUUGCUAAUGACUGUUUAGUUGGAUACAUUGAAAAAGACUUGCUUAAGAGUGUAACGAAUGUAUUUUGCAUUUCUUUCAGAAUAUGA